GGACCCCCUUCCCCGCCGGGACCCUUGGCCUUUUCCCAGAGGGGAGCUAGAGGUUAAAAAGGCAUGGGUGCCCUGAGCCGUUGCCACUGAGAGGGAAUGAGCAGCGGGGCUCUUGAGACUCCUUCCAGUCAGAGAGUCCCCUCUCCCCCCAUCCCAACCCAGCUGUGCUCUGCCUGGGGCGUCAGCCAGACUAAGCUCCCCGAGAGGCCAAGUGCCUCUAGCCCGACAGGGAAGGCUGCAGCCAGCCCCUCACAGGGACAGAGGAAUAAGCAGUGGUCAGCUGGGGCUAUGCCCUGGCCAUCCUGGAGCGGCCCACGCUGCCAGCCGCCUUCUCCACAGGGCCCUCCAGCCAGCUCCCCUGGGCCAUUCCCCCACCCUGCUCCCUAGCCCCAUCCUCCUAGAGGUCUGCUCGGGCACAGAUGACCCCACCCAGCCCAAGAGUGAGUCGAGUCCUUUUCACCCCUGCCCCUGUCCCUUGUCCUUGGGGCUCAGCCCCGAGGGGGCUCCCCACACCGCAUGCCCAUGAACCAUCUCCAGCUGCCUUGCCUGUGGGGUCAACACAGCAGGCUGCUGCAUGCCCCAUUCCUGCCAGCCCCAACCCCCCGCUGCACUGUGGGUGCUGUGGGCUCCUCAGCACGCUCACUCCGCAGGGCAUCGGCACAGUGAGUUGGUGGCAGCUGGCAGGAGCAGGACACACGGCUGCUGCCUCCGUGACCCCCUGGGCAGGAAGAGUGAGCAGACCCAAUCCGAACCCAACCCUUGCCGGCUGGUCCCUCGGGCUGCAAGGCUCUGCUCCCCACCUCCUGCCAGCAGGGGCCAAUGCACCUGUAAGGGCAGCUGGCCGAAAGUAUUGGGUCUGGGAUAAUUGCCCUAGAGUCCCCAGCUGAGAGCAGAGCCCUUGUGGUGGGUACUGUCCAGCUGGCACGGUUGGCCCCAGCUAUAUGUGCAAGCCGCCAAUGCAGAGCUCCACGCAGGACCUGUUUGUCUAGGGGUGGGAAGGAGGGCAGCUCCCUGCAUUGCCUGGCAGCUCUUAAUACGCUCCCAUGGGGCUCUGCAGAGCCUGCCUCCAACCCCAACCCCCCUGCCCGUUUAGGGCUGGCCAGGAGCUGGGGCUGAAUGGUGCUGCUGGGAACUCCCCAAAUGGUCCCACCACUCCUUUGCCAGCGUGCUGCAGGCCCAUUUCACUGCCCAUCACUGGUUGCUAAAGAGAGUAUAAAAUACUGCAGACUGGUUGCCAGGGCAUAAAAACACCAGCUCCCACUAGCCCAGCCCCUGCCGCUCCCCCUGAGUACAAGGGCUGCACAGGGUCACCAGGAGCAUGCUAGGGGCUCUCCAGCCCCAGCCACUGCGCUGCCUGCCCUGGGGAACAGGCUAGGCUUCCAGGCUAGAGGAGAUCCCCAGGAAGGAGGGCAUAAGAUCCUGCACCACUAUUCUCGGGUGAAUCCCUGCUCUGGGCUGGGUCCCAAUGUGGGGCUGGCCCGCAAUUCUGGUAGGUAAGUUAAUGCGCGGAUGGUGCGAAGUCUGUCCCUGCAAAGCUUGUUUGCUCACUGUGGAGAGGAAACCCCAGGGGUCUGGCACCAAGCAACGGUCCCUGGCUUGGCGACCUUAGCAAGGGGCUUCGUCCCCUCCUUGGACCUAGGCUGUCUAUCUGGAAAAUGGGGCUACCUCUUCCCAGAGGCUGAAUCCACUAGCAAGCGGGAGGUAAUAUGGGGACAGGGACAAGCCAGGCCUAGCCCUGCCAUUCCCUUCAUCCAGAGCAGUGGGGCCCUUUACAGAGCUGGAUUCCUCCCCAUUCCCAGCUCUGGGGGUAGCACCGGCCUCUUCUCUCCAAUCACUGCACUGUCCUGCUGGCAGGCCCUGUUAAUCAUUCGCAAACAGCAGAGAAGGAGUCUGGCCCUGCCCCAGCCUGCGCCCCCACCUGGCUUGCUCCUCAUUCCCAGCAGUGUGCCAGCGGGGACGAGCACUGCUUAUCACGUCUGCCCUAGCUCUGCGGGCAAGGAGAGGUGCUAUGAGCCAGUGGGCCCCUCCACUCACUGGCUGUCUCCAUCUCCCCUAGCCAGAGAGAGCUCCCACCCAGGAAUGCUACAGCCACUGAUUUCAUAGAAUCAUAGAAUAUCAGGGUUGGAAGGGACCUCAGGAGGUCAUCUAGUCCAGCCCCCUGCUCAAAGCAGGACCAAUCCCCAGUUUUUGCCCCAGAUCCCAAAUGGCCCCCUCAAGAAUUGAACUCACAACCCUGGGUUUAGCAGGCCAAUGCUCAAACCACUGAGCUAUCCCUCCCCCCGAGGCCAACCUGUGACCCCCUGUGCCUGGUUUUCAGUGGGGCUGAGUACCUUACCUGCAGCUUGAUAGCAAGGUGAGCCACAGCCACACGGCCCCGCCUCUGGAAAUCAGGCCCCAGGUGCCCAAGCUGGUCACCCAAGCGCUGAGUUCCCAGGAUCGGGGGCAUUUUACAUGCAAUUGCCUGUGCCAGAAGCAUGCUGCUCUCCUCCUCCUCUGCCUCCUUUCACCACCCUCCACCCCUCAGGAACCCAAACACAAUAACCUCGCACAUUCUGGAGCCCUGCCCCCACCAAGGCAUGUGCAAACACCACCUGAUUCCCGUCAUCCAGCAGUGAAAUGCAGCCACCUCGGGGUGGAAUGCAACAGGUGUUUGACAGAGCCCAGCAAUGUUAUAAUGCACCAGCUGGGAACUCCCAGGAUGUGGAUGGGGUGGAGGGCAGGCAGGUGGAACCCAGGAGUCCUGCACCCAGGCUUGUGCUUCAAUCUCAAGAGCUAGUCUCUUCUCCACUGGGAUGCAGGGAGCAGCCAAGAGGACCUUGCUCUGCUGUGAGGAACAAAAUUCAUCAAGUAGCACGGAGCAAACCAAACCCACAGACAGAGUGCGCCAAAGGGCAGCCUCCUACAGCUUUCCCCCGCAAGGGGCUGGCAUGUCAGGUUCUCAGGCCAGCAUCCAAAGGAGCGUGAAGCACUAGGUUAUGCAAAGAGCCGUUCCCACCAGCUCAGCUCAGGCCAGGUUUCCUUUCACAUCACCUGCCAAAGCUGCUGCUGAAGGAUGAAUGAGGUCCUCACCCAACUCACAGCCUCUGCCCAGUAGCUGAGGCAAUAGGCCUCAUCCUGCUAGUUCUUACUACAUGGGAUUACAAGUUGUGGGGGAGAAGGGGUUAAUAGUUCCUGAUGUGCAAUACCCCAGCAGCCCUAGGCCUAGCCCUACAAUGAAAGUGCAGGAGGAAGAGAGCCAAGGAGAUCUCCCAAGGGUGAUAAAGGGGGGCCAGUCAGCACCAACUCAGCCUGGAUCGCUCCAGAGCUGAAUCCCCUAGGCCACUCCUCCACCCGAACCUCCUCAGUCUCACCUGGAACAGCUACUGCAUCAUCCAGCCUCCUGCCACAUGCACCCCAGGGCCUCGCUCCUGCACCCACAACCCCUGGCACCUACAUGGAACCAGCUGCAGGCUCAGGACCUGGCUUGGUAGCACCUCUAGCCUCAAGCACAUCCAGCUGCAAAGAACACCAGCUAUCUUCACAUUCCUGGAUGGCACCUCCCGUUCUCUGGGGGCCACAGGCUUUAACGCAGCCUCACCCUGUCUCCACCCCCCUUCAGCGCAGGUGGGAACCUCCUGGCAUGCACCCCCCCCUUUGCUUUACAGAGAGAAGGUAAGCACGUGGGCUGCCAGCUGCUAGCCCAGCUCAGGGGAACCGGCUCGCGGGGGAAGCACUGAGGUGAGUAGCCAUUAUGAACGCAUGGCACCUUGUACCACUGACACUUGCUACCAGGUACUAGGGCCUGAUUCUCCCUGGCCCCAGCUGUGCAGUGGUGUAGCCCUGUUGACUUCAUUGCAGUGCCUCCUCAUUUACACCAGCGUGGGUGAAAUCUGAAUCAGCCCUGUGAGCCCCGCACACACACACGCGCACCUCACCCAGGUGUGAAGGACCCCAUGGGGCCGGGGGGCAGCAGGCUCAGGGAGGUGUGAGUCUGUGUGGACAGAAGCUUUGGAGCAUGGCCGUGUGAGUGGAGGGGCAGGCGAUCUAGUUACACAGAAUUCCCAGGAACCAGCCAGCUGCAGCGACACCGCAAGUUGCUCUUUAACCAGCUCCCCUGUGAAUGAUCUACUCUGCUGCUGCCCUGCCCUGAGCCGAGAGGGAGCACGGGGGCACCUCCUGGAAUUCAGCUCCAGGAGCAAGCCAGGCAGCCAUUCCCCGCCAUGCCACAGAAGCCCUUCACCAGCCAGCACAGUGCAAGGCAGAGCGCCGGGGAGCAGUGCUGUGAGCGGGACCCUCCUGCUCACUCCAGGCUGGGCUCAGGCGGAGCGUCAGAUAAUCGGCCAUUUUAUUAAGUGUUUCCUCCCUAGCUCCAUCUCCCUGGACCAGGGUCCCACCCCCUUUGCCCAGAUAAGAGCAAACUCCAAUUGCAUCCGCUCUCCCUGGUGCUCCACUUGGUCGGUGCUGCAAGCCGGGCAGGUAGGCUGUGCCCAAGCUUGGCAGCGCACACUCUGUUCUAACAAUACAGCCUUCCAGACCCGCUCCAGCCCUUCACAUCCAGUGCAUGCCAGCCUGGGCCAAGCUUCGUGGGCGAGGGUGCCUGAAUUUCUUGCCUUCCCACCUGGCUCUGCAGUUUGAGAGGCAGAGGCCACUGCAGUUGGCACAGGCUGCUGGGGUUCUCUCAUGCCCAGAGCAUCAUGCCAGUCGUCGAGCUGAAUUUCCGCUCCUUGAUCACCCCUGUGGGGAUUGUCCGGUUCUUUGAGAUCUUCCUGUCCUGCACGGCCUUCAGUCUGGCGGCUGCUUCCGGCCACUUCCAAGGAACCUAUGGGACCUGGUGCAUGUUUACCUGGUGCUUCUGCUUCUUGGUGACCAUGCUGAUCGUGGUGCUGGAGCUGUUUGGCUUUUCUGAGAAGCUGCCGCUGUCCUGGGAUGACUUCACCAGCGCCUUCGCCAUGCUGGCGGUGCUCAUGAUCUUCACCUCUUCCAUCAUAUACCCUUCCACCUUCAUCACCGACACUUGCUCUGGCAACAAAUGUGCUUAUCAGGCAGCAACUACAGCCAUGUCCUGCGUCUGUUUCAUUGCCUACACCAUUGAGGUUGGACUGACCCGAGCCAGGCCUGGAGAUAGGAGCAGCUUCCUCACCACUGUCCCUGGCCUCCUGAAGGUGUUUGAAGCCUACGUGGCUUGUCUUAUCUUCUCCUUGGUGAGUGAACCCAUGACAUAUAAAACCGAACCCGGCCAGCUAUGGUGCAUAGCUGUCUACAGCAUCUGCUUCAUUGUCACGCUGUUCAUCAUCAUUCUCACCAUCGGCCGGUGUCUCACCUACAUUCCCUUCCCUUUGGAGAAAGUCCUGGUGGGUUACAACGCCUUGGCUGUACUCCUGUACCUGACGGCUGCCAUCAUCUGGCCCGUCUUCAACUUCAGAGGGAACCCCAGACCCAGUUCAGGUGACAAACUUCGCAUUUGGAACAGACUGCUGGGCGUGACCUUCCUCACCUUCUUCAACCUCAUCGCCUACAUCGUCGACCUGGUGUACUCCUCCAAGAUGGUCUUCGUGACCAGUGCGGCCUAACAGAGUGUGAUCAGCCACGCGCACCCGGGGGGUACGGUGGGAACCAUCAGCACUGAAGUGGUUGGAAGGGACCGGGGCCGCCCGUCGUGCAGGGGGGAGCUGCUUUGGCCUCAGCUGUUUUGCAUUUCUUCCCCCACAUCCUAGCCUUCUUGGCAUGUCCAUGCAACAGGGGGUUCUGUGUGUAUUUGAUCUGGCUGCUGCUCCAGGAGCUGCAGGUGGCUACCGCUGGGGCCCAUAUGCUGCUGCAGGGAAUCAGGGCAUUCCUUGCAGGACAUGUUGGGAGGGGAAGGGACAGAAGGUGCUGCCUGUUGCCCGGGUGUACAGCAACCUGUGAGUGAGCCACAGAAGGGCGGGGAGGUCAGGAAUGGGGGGAUCCCAAUCCAAAGCCCACUGAAGUGAAUGGGAGACUUUGCAUUGAUUUCAGCCUGUGUUGGAUUGGGCCCUGGAAGCCCAAGGAGCAUCAGGGGGCUGGGGCUGAGGCUGGGUUACUGAGUCCUGGCUAGUUAGUGUGUUAUGAUGCUGCGACUCGGAGAAACUUUCCUGUGCCACAAACUCUGGUCUGAAGGCAGGUAAACAGCGCACAGGGCUCCCACCCUCCCUCCAGGAAAUGAACUUUCAAAGGCUGUGGCUAUGCAAACAGAGGUGUGUGUGCUUAGAGGGCUGGGUACCGGGCCGGGGAGGGGAGCAUGCCAGGGUCUGCAGCAAGCAGGGUGUGGCAGGUAGGAAUGGCUGACUGCAGAGGGGUGACAUCGGCAUGGCCAGCCCCAAGGUUGUGGAGCUAUUUUAUGAUCAGUCAGGCUAGUGUUCAUAGACCUACUAUCUGAGGGUCUCACCUUUCCGGGAAAGCUCCCCCCUCACCGGCCCCAUUAGGGCUAAAAUCCAACCUGCAACACAUGACCCCAUAAGACACCCUCCAUGCACAGCUGGGCCUCCACUUCCCCUCCCGAUCCCUGGGGCGUGGGAGCUGCCAUUCUAUCCUCCUCCCUACCUAAUGGGCAGCUUCCGCAUUCGUGCUCCCCUCUACUUCCUCACAUUCGCCUGAUCCACACCCCACCUCAGUCUGGAACCGCACCGUUCCCUCCCUGUUCCCUUUGGCAGCCCCAUUCCCGGGUCGCCACAUUCUCCAGCCUGACCCUCACAUGGCCACUCCCACUCCUGCGGGCAGCUUGGCUUCUUCCCCGCUGGGAGCAAUGGGAGGUGGUGGCCAUUCCUGCUGGGGGAACUGAAGGCAUUUGUUCACCUGCAGUGUCAAAGGGACAUGGCAGCCACCUUGCUGAGGGCAGCCUGUGGCUUUGGCCCUGCUGACAGUGAUGGGAGAUGGCCGCCAUUUAGAACAGGGCUAAACUGGAAGGCAAAAAUGAAACAAAAUUUGUGCAAACCCGUACAUGUGUAUACAGAACAUUGCAAGGCUUGCUGUCAAACCAGGGGGGCUGGCACCGGGCCUGGCUUUAAGCUCUUUGUGUGCACAUGUCUAUGCACAGCUAUAUGUGAAUCCACCCAUAUGUUUCUUCCCAUUCUUUUUCAGUAAGCAAAAAGUGCAUCAGCAUGCACGCAGUGUGAGUGCCCCCUGCCAAAGCAGUGCAUUGUCUCCAGGGGCAGCUUCACGUUCCAGCUUUAUAGUCUUCCUGUAACCUGAGCGAGCUGUCCUCGUUCCCCAGGACAGAAGUUUAAAGAUGACGCGCAAAGGAAGUUUUUUAAAUGGAGCUUUUGCUCUUUUUUUGGCUGCUUUAUGAUUGCAAAAAGGGAGAGCGAGAGAGCGAGUUUUCCUGCUUGUUUUGUACUUUAGAAAUCUCAGGACGAUCAUAUCUGGUCUCCCUGGUUUUGUUGACAGGUGCGGGGGGCCUCAGGGAUAUAUAGUGUGAGCUCCCACAGCAGAAGUGAAGGGUUGGGUGUGUUGAUCUUUAGCAGCAAAGGCAGCCUUUCUUCAGAAUGCUAAUUUGUCAUUGGAGUUAAAUAUGCCUGAAAACCACCCCCAUCCUCCCAUCAAACCCCCCCAAAACAAUCUGAUUAGACAUUCCUUCGUCUCACCCGCUCAGGAACUCAGCUUUCACUCUCUUGGCUUUUGCGAUCUCAUCAUUUCGCAAGUUCUCCUGUCACCAUCAAAUCUUUCCAAGCUAGACAGGACUUGAAUUGAAUUGUGAAAAGCAGAAUUUUUUUUUUUCAAUGACAAACCCUUUCAGACCGUCUUUCUCCAUCAUAAAGAAACAGUAAAAGAACACAAGGCUAAUGUAUUGUACUCUUUGCCAGGUCACCUUUGGGCUGUGACCUGGAGAGAGGCUGGGGAAGGCUCAGUUCAUGGUUUCUCCUUUGGCUAGUAUCAGUCCGUCCAAGAAAAACUGAGUCAACAUGAUGGGGAAAGGGUUACAGAAGUUUCGCCAGGAAACAGUAUCCCACCUCUAGUGAUUAAACUGAUUAAACUCUGUCCAAGCCAAGUGGAGUGAGAUCAUGAAGACUGCAAACCCCUGGAUGGAAAACCCUUCCCUGCCUGCAGCAUUCUCAAGGUUCUAGCACAGUCCCGAGCCUUGGACUAAGCCAGCAAUCCCAGGCAGCGCGCAGGAAGGGCUCAAUCGCAGUGGGAUCCUUACCGUGUAUGGAGCCGUAACUAGGCCUGGGACGAGCAAGCCUAUUUGUGCCCUGUAUCGUUUUGUUUUGUCAUUUUUCUGACACAUUUUUCUGGCCCCACCCUGGCUUUGCACCCUGGGCAGCUGCCCCACUUGGCCCGCCCUGGUUACGGCCCAGACCGUGCACAUCACAUGUGUGUGUGGAUUGUUUCUGGGGUCAGGUGCACACUGUAAAUAAAGUUUACUAGCACGGACUGACA